AUGGCCUACACCCACCAGGACUCUCCCGCCGACGCCAUCGACCCGACCACACUUCCACCACUGGAACUACCCGUCGGGAUCCAGUCUCGAUUUGUAGAUUGUGAGCCUCGCAGCCUCGUUUUCCACAUCCUCGAGUCGCUCCCUCGGGCCCUACCACCUUCGGGUUCAAAGCCCAAACUGAUCUUAUGCAUUCAUGGCUUCCCAGAGCUUGCCUUCUCAUGGCGGUAUAUCUUGCCCCUCCUCUCUGCUCGAGGCUAUCACGCCGUGGCCUUUGACCAGAGAGGGUACGGCCGCACGUUUUCCCGGCGACCGCUCGAAGGGACCUCAUUCCGUCCACUGAGUCUCAUCAAGGACACCAUCACUCUAGUCAACGCCCUAGGCUAUACUUCCGUUUCUUGCGUGGUCGGUCAUGACUUUGGCGCCGUCACAGCCAGCCUCUGUGGGCUCGCCCGACCGGACAUGUUCAAAAGCGUUGUCCUGAUGUCUCAUCCGACCAAAGGCGCUCCGCAACUGCCGCUGUCCACAUCACCAUCAUAUGGCUCGCCGGAGGCGCUGCCCUCGCCACCAGAAGACAUGGAAAAGGCCCUGUCGCAACUCCCGCGACCGAGGAAGCACUACAAGUGGUACUACUGUACAGCACCUUCGAACAAAGAGAUGACCUAUCCCACAGGAGAUGAACUACACACCUUCCUCCGUGGCUACUUCCACCUGAAAUCGGCAGAUUGGGAUGGUAAUAGUCCGCACAAACUGCAGAGUUGGACGGCCGAGGAAUUGGCAAAGAUGCCGCGCUACUAUAUCAUGGAUCUUACAGAUAAUAUGCGUGAAGCCGUGGCGCGGGACAUGGCGAAUGAAGAUCCCGAGGUCGUGGCUUCACGCUCCAGCCGCUGGCUGCCCGAUAGUGCACUGGCCGUCUAUGUCGAAGAAUGGGGCAGGACUUCGUUCCAAGGCGGGCUUAACUGGUAUCGCAUCCAGACACAGCCUGAAAUCGCCUCGGAUGUGCAGGUAUGGUCUGGCGCCAACAUCACCGUGCCUACAGUGUUUGUGAGUGGGAGGCAGGACUGGGGCACGUUCCAAGAGCCCGGGGCGGUCGAGGCAAUGGAGGACGGUAAGAGUGUAAAGCAUGGCAUGUAUAGAGGGACCGUCUUAGUGGACGGGGCUGGCCAUUGGGUCAACCAAGAGCAACCGGAGAGGUGUGUUCAGGAGAUCUUGAAGCUGGCGGCCGAGGUCGAAGGCGAGGCUGUGGACGAUGGUCCCGGCGUCAAGCUUUGA